CAAUGAAUUUAAUAGUAGCGGAGGAAGAAGUAUAUUAAACUUUAUUUACUAACGUGUAGUUUAAAAGUAUUACGAUAAAAGAUAGUAUGAAGCACUUAGGUGGCCGCAAAUUUAAUUAUGUGUAAUAAGCAAUAUUAACAUACGUGUUUUUAAAUCAGUAAGUUGAGUAAUAAUCGCAUAAACUGAUUGAAUUGAACAUUUUAGUUAAUAUCUGUGAUUCCGUUCAACAAUAUGGAUGAAAAUAAGAAUUAUCAAUAUGGCAUAAAAUCAACUUUAGCUCAAUGUUGGGCAAUCUCAGGAGUAUGGUUCUUGCAAAUCGAACUCGGUGUAACUGUCAUGAUAUCAACUAUAGUUAUUGGCGCCUUAGAAAAUAAUGCAUCUAAAGACCAAAACGAAUUUUUGACUAUGACAAGCGAAGAAGCAUCUUGGUUUGCUAGUCUGCUAUAUUUGUUCACGCCUCUGGGAAAUCUUUUAUCCUCACUUUUACUGGAUCGUCUUGGUCACAAGAAAUGUAUGAUACUAACAAAUAUACCGUGCCUAGUAGCUCAGAUUAUGCUGUAUUUUGCUGAAAACGUAGAAAUUCUAUACGCCAGCUCAAUCCUAAUGGCAUUGAGCAUGGGAUUUUCGAACGCCCCGAGUCUUGCAUACGCCGGUGAAGUAUGCGAACCAAAACUAAGAGGUGCCUUGACUUCGGCACUGAACAUAUUUUACUAUGCCGGGUCCAUAAUAUUGACUAUGUUGUACAGCAUUAACAUGAAAUGGAGAUUAACGGUGCUAAUGACCACGGUGUUUCCAAUUAUGACCAUUAUUAUAUUAUUAACGACGCCAGAUUCUCCGAUGUGGUUAUUAGCCAAAGGGAAACAUUCAAAAGCACAUCGAAACCUCAGCAAAUUGAGAGGAAAAGUUUCGUAUGACAAGUGUGAAAACGAAUUUCAAGAAAUGGUUAGAUACAAUAUGCCCUCUAACAAUGACGAACCGCAUCACAAAGAAAAUGCAAAUAUUUGGAAACAACUUUUCGAGCCCGAAGUAGUAAGACCUUUACGUCUGAUGACGAUAUAUUUCUUCUACAUGAAUUUAUUGUCUGGAUUACCAUUAUUACCAUAUUUAGUAGCGAUAUUUAAUACAUUUGGUGCACCUGUUAACAUCGAGUGGACAAUAUCGUUUUCAAUGUUCCUUUCCAUAAUAGGAAGUUUAAUUGCAGUUUUUCUAAUACGUAAAUUAGGCAAACGAUUUCUUACAUUAUUUACGUUAUCGGUUUGCUCCAUUUGCUAUAUAAUUAUUGGAUUAAUUGGUAUUUAUUGGAAAAACGCACAAUCAAUAACAUCAUGGACAAUACUAGUACUUUUUCUUACUACUAUUUUUAUUUCAUCAAUAGGAAUAACACCGGUUUCGUGGACACUAGUCACAGAAAUAUUUCCUGCAAAAUGUAGAAAUAUUCUAUGCAGUAUUUGUACGGGGCUCUGCUUUAUUAUUACUUUUUUCAUGACAAAAUAUUAUCCAGAAUUUUCAAUUCUAGUGGAAUUUUAUAAUGUAUUUACAAUAUUUGGUAUUUUUGGGUUAAUAGGUUGUGUAUAUUUUUAUUUUUGUCUACCAGAAACCGAAAACAAAACUUUACAAGAAAUUACUGAGUUUUUUAAAUAGAACAAAACACUUAUUAUCA